AUGCUCGGGCCGCAGAGAACGAGACCAAUUGACCACAACAGCGUCUACGGCCACUCGCACUCCCGAACCGCCUCCACCAACGCCUUCUCUGCCCAAGGCCACCCACCGCCUCGCAUGUCUCUGCAUCUGCAAUCCCAGCCAGCCCCAAACAUGCAGCAUUCGCGCCGCUCGCCCUCGGUCAACACCUUUAGCACAGUCUCGACCAUCCCGCCCCCCGCCGCCUACCGUACCUCGUCGACGACGGACCUUCGUCGCUCCAUCUCCAGCCGCUCGGGGGGGACCACGACGCAGCCGAGCAGCUAUGUGGCCCUCCUGCGCAAGCAAAAGGCGACCGUCUGGUGCGACCGCGCUCAAUACGAGGACCCUCGCGUAGCCGCCCAGCAGCGUGCCGCCAAGGCGCGCGCCAACCUCGAGGUCGUCGGAGGCGGCCGCAACAACACGGUCAGCCGCACGAGCACUGGGAUCAGCGCAACCGGCAAGGUCGCGGCCAAGAUUCGGCAUCACGGAAAGACGCCCGUGGUGGGAUACGCCCCCGGCGAGAACCACGUGGGUGUGGGAGGCGUGCCCCUGCGACUGAGCGCCACCGAGGUCGAAGGUGAAAGCAGCGACGAGGAGGAUGCGCAGGCUGCCGCUCGUCUGCACCACCGUAGGACGGGGAGCAGCGGACGAAGCAGCACCGCUAGCGGCCGACGCGGCCUGGCAUACCGCUCGUCGGGUGGCCCGGGUCCUCAGGGCGGCCAACGCUGGAGCCCGGGCGAUACGCCAGAGCGCACCGAGAGCCUGGUGGAGCAGCAACCAGAAGACGCACCCAAGCUCAUGGACGACGCGGCUAGUGGCAAGGCCCACAGCUCGGGGAGCGGCAGCAGUGGCGAGCGCGCCGACAACGUGGCCGAACUGGGCGGCGGACCGAGACUUGCCAGCAACUCUCUCAUGCACUCGACCCUCACCCGGGAAAAGAGCGUCAAGAGCGCCGAAGAACUGAAGAGGCGAGGCAGCGUGGAUGAACGGACAGCAACCCUCACCUCGGGCCGCUUGUUCAUCGCCAACCCGGAUUGA